AUGAAGGUUCGACCUGCUAGUGUGUAUCGUUAUCUGUUAUUGGCAAUCGCAUCCUUCUUCGUCAUCUACGCGGUUUACGGAAUUAUCGGCUAUGAUGAUGGAUUACACGUACCGAUACACCGGCCCCAGCGGCAUUUAUAUCUCACGGUUUCGAAAGACCGGAUUGGAAGUCGGUUUGAAAAAUUAGCACCUAAACGGAUAUUAUACUGGACAACUGUUUUCGGAGCAGUUGUGCCUCAUUCAGCGUUGUCGGAUUGCCCUGGACUAACUGAUCGAUGUGUAGUAGAUACGAAUAAAAGUCAGGUGAUGUCAGCCGACGCGGUCAUAUUCCAUGCUGUCGACAUUUCGAAACACCCGCUUCCAGAGAAGCGGAAUGAGACGCAGAUUUACGUGUUUUUUUCGAUGGAAACACCUGAGCACAGCGGAAAAUUCUCUGUUCCAGAUAACUUUUUCAACUGGUCGUCUACAUUUCUCAGCACAUCUGAUGCAAUUCAUAAAUAUGGCUCGUUUUUUAUACCAACGCAGGUUGCGGAAAGUCGCGGCUUCAAAGUUCAAAGUUAUUAUGUGAAUCCAAAGCGGUUCAUCAAACCAAAAUCUGGCAUUUUUGGACUCAUUUCAAAUUGUUUGACGCCUUCGAAACGAGAAUUGGCCAUCAGAGAGCUUGGCAAACAUAUCAAUGUAACGAUUGGCGGCAAAUGUGCAACAGACGAAAAGCUUAAAAGCGUUUGCCCAUCUGAUUCGAAUUGUUUUGAUAUUUUGGAGCAAUAUCCAUUUUAUUUAGCAAUUGAAAAUACGGUUUGCAAUGACUACAUUACGGAAAAAAUUUGGGGUCGAAUUACCGUUGCUAGUAUUCCAAUUGUGAUGCGCCGUAAAACGUAUGAGAAUCAUAUGCCGCCCAUGUCUUUCAUCGCAAUGGAUGAUUACAAAAAUCCUGCGGAAAUGGCUAACCAUUUGAGGACACUCGAAAAAAAUGCUACGGCUUACGCUGAAUAUUUUCGCUGGAAACAAGAAGGCACAUGGACGACACCACCUUGGAAUGCUCCGGGAUACCGAAACGGCGCUUGCCGCAUUUGUGAAAUGCUCUGGAAGCGAAAUGAAACGAUACCGGACUCGAAAUCGAUACCAAAUAUUACGGAAUGGUAUUCUAAAGCAGCUCAAUGCGAAAAAGAUGAAUUUGUUCAAAGCUGGUUAAAGUAA